UCAGCAGCUGCUGCGGGACGAGUGGCCACCAGGUUGCCCCUCUUCCGUCCAGAAAGAUUUGAGUUAGACAAGCAGAAGCACACGCCUCCCUACCUCAUGGCUACAGAAAAUGGAGCAGUUGAGCUGGGAAUCCAGAGCCUGUCAACAGAACAGACCCCUACAGGUAUUACAGGUGAUGGUUCUCCAGUUUCAGAAAAAGAUCCCAGGCCUCCAGUCACAGAGAAAGAUCCUGGUGCCCUGGACCCAAAGAAAGAUACAGAUCCAUCCUCUCUGAAGAAAGAUGCCAAAGCUUCUGCCCCAGAGAGAGAGGGGGCCCCAACCCUAACCUCAACCAACAGCCAGGGCACCUCAGGAGAGGAUGACAGGGGUGGAGGGCCAGCUGAGAGCAGUGCAGGGCCUCCAGCAGCUCUGCCGCAGCCAACCACCACGGCUGAGGCCAGCAUUCAGAAGCCAGAUGCCCAGAAGACACCUGCAGGCAGCCAGGUGUCCCCGGAGCCCAUGGUGGGCAAGAAGUCAGCAGAAGCCCACGAAGCAGGACGGAGGGGCUCACCAGCCUUUCUGCACAGCCCUAGCUGCCCUGCCAUUAUCUCAUGCUCUGAGAAGACAUUGGCCACGAAGCCCCUAAGUGAUGCAACAGAACUCAUCUUUGAAGGGAUGCCCGUGACAUGCAGCCCCCCAGAUCCUGGGCCAUCCAAGGCAGAAGGAGGGACAAAAAACCUGGCGGGGAACCAGAAGGAAGCAACAGAGAAAGCCCCAGGCCAAGCUGGCCAGGCUAAGGUGCAAGGGGACACCUCACAGGGGAUCAAGUUCCAAGCGGUUCCAUCAGAGAGCGUGGAGGUGGGGCAGGCCCUCUGUCUCACAGCCAAGGAGGAAGACUGCUUCCAGAUUCUGGAUGAUUGUCCGCCACCCCCGGCCCCCUUCCCGCACCGGAUCGUGGAGCUGAGGACUGGAAAUGUCAACAGUGAAUUCAGCAUGAACUCCAAGGAGGCACUGGGAGGAGGCAAGUUUGGAGCUGUGUGUACCUGUACAGAGAAAGCCACAGGCCUCAAGCUGGCAGCCAAGGUCAUCAAGAAACAAACUCCCAAGGACAAGGAAAUGGUGAUGCUGGAAAUUGAGGUCAUGAACCAGCUGAACCAUCGCAACCUGAUCCAGCUGUAUUCAGCCAUUGAGACCUCACACGAGAUCAUCCUGUUCAUGGAAUACAUCGAGGGCGGCGAGCUUUUUGAGAGGAUCGUGGAUGAGGACUAUCAUCUGACCGAGGUAGACACUAUGGUGUUCGUCAGGCAGAUCUGCGAUGGGAUACUCUUCAUGCACAAGAUGAGGGUCCUGCACCUGGACCUCAAGCCAGAGAACAUCCUGUGUGUGAAUACCACAGGCCACUUGGUGAAGAUCAUUGACUUCGGCCUGGCACGGAGGUAUAACCCUAAUGAGAAGCUGAAGGUGAAUUUUGGGACCCCGGAGUUCCUGUCACCUGAGGUGGUGAAUUAUGAUCAGAUCUCCGACAAGACAGACAUGUGGAGCCUGGGGGUCAUCACCUACAUGCUGCUGAGUGGCCUCUCCCCGUUCCUGGGCGAUGAUGACACUGAGACUCUAAACAAUGUCCUGUCUGCCAACUGGUACUUUGAUGAGGAGACCUUCGAAGCUGUGUCGGAUGAAGCCAAAGACUUUGUCUCCAAUCUCAUCACAAAGGACCAGGGUGCACGGAUGAGUGCUGAGCAGUGUCUCGCCCACCCCUGGCUCAACAACCUGGCAGAGAAAGCCAAGCGCUGCAACCGCCGCCUCAAGUCCCAAAUCCUGCUUAAGAAAUACCUCAUGAAGAGGCGCUGGAAGAAAAACUUCAUUGCUGUCAGCGCAGCUAAUCGCUUCAAGAAGAUCAGCAGUUCAGGGGCACUGAUGGCUCUGGGAAUCUGAGCCCUGGGAGCAGCUGAGCCUGGACGCAGCAGCACCGUGCCCAGGGCUGAAGUCACACAGCUCAGAAGGCCAGAGAAAGCGGGCCAGAUCUGGGCAGGCUGACCAGGACAAGGCUGCACCAGGCUGGGAGGCUCGGGGCUCCCCACGCCCCUACUCAAUGCUGCUUCCCCGAUGUGAGCUCGGAGUGUGGCCUGGAAUUCAUCCUGCUACUGCCUCCCUAGACAGGGCGGUGGCCCAGCACCACCCAGACUCCAAGGAUGUCCAGGCCACUCCCUGUUCCCUCCCUCGCUCCCCCUCUCCAUUUGAACUGCUGCCCUGGUGGCCCCUGCUUUGCCCCACCUGGGGUACCCUUGCCUGGUGUGGGAUGGCUGGGGGUCCAGCAGGUGGGCUGCUGUGGUGGUGGACUGGAAGCUCCUGGUGGUGCAGGAAUGCAGCCCAGCUGCCAGGGGAGACAGAGCAAGCUUUGUGUGAGAGGACCUCUGUGCCCCACCUCAUACUCCUGACAGAUAUGGCCUUUUACACACCAUCUGGCUGCCUGGCCCCACGCACUGUCUUUGUGACCACCAACACACAGGAAGUCUGUGAGAAAGGACCAGCCCAGGCCUGGGGUGGUAGUGGUGGGGAGAGGCCUGGGGACAUGAGGCUAUCCCUGAGCUUACCUGAGGGACCUAGCUACUAUAGACCCAUCCCAGGGGCAUCCACAAUCCCGGAUAAUGGGAUGAGCAGGCCCGGGAAAAAUAUGAAGGCCAUUGGGCAGCCCCAACCUGCUUUCAGCUUGUGCCUUGUAAAUAAAUGUACAGGUUGGAGGCAGCCUCCUUCCCUCUGCAUGUACACACACUUGUGUGAGAUCACA